AUACAGACACACACACACGGACCGCUUACUCCUCUCUGCCUGCUCGCUCCCACUGCCCCCAAGCCCGCCCCGCCCGCGACAAGUGCGUGCCCAGGCGCAGCCACCGGCGACAUCAGGAGCGCAGCGCCCAGAGCCCGAGGGAACCGGCGCAGGGCAGCAGCGGCUGCCACGGCUGCAGCCGGAUUCGCGCGCCCCAGGGCUCAGUGGCGGCGGCCGGGACACCCUCGGCAGCACCCCGCACCGCAGCACCCUAGACUACGAGCAACCGUGCCCGUCCCCGCCGGGGCUGGAGGGCGCAGGGCCGUCACCCUGCAAGUUCCUGGGCCCCCGGCCACCCUUAUGAGAGAAGGCGAAGCCGGGCGAAGGAGCAGGACGCUCGGCAGCAGGACUCCUCCGCAAGCCCCGCGGGCCUUCUGUUCCCGCGUCCCCCGGGCGCUCAAGACGCAAAAUGCAACCACCGCGCUACGGCUGAGAGGGGAAGGGGCCAGCGCCAUCCGCUCGCCCGGAAUCCGAUCCCCGCGGCCGCUGCGCGUCCCGGCCGCGGCCCCUCCGGCCCAGGAGUGAGCAGUAGCAGGAGGAGAGGCGGCCGGCCCGGGGUUGGCCGGGGCUGGGGAGGAGGGACGGGACGGAGGGAGGGCGCGGGGGCGGGGAGGGGGCCCCGGCGGAUAAAGAUGGCAAUGUCUCUCAUCCAAGCGUGCUGCAGUCUGGCUCUCUCAACAUGGCUGCUUUCCUUUUGUUUCGUGCAUCUGCUCUGCCUGGACUUUACCGUGGCCGAGAAGGAGGAAUGGUACACUGCCUUCGUGAACAUCACCUACGCCGAGCCCGCGCCGGACCCCGGGGCCGGGGCGGCGGGCGGCGGCGGCGCGGAGCUGCACACGGAGAAGACGGAGUGCGGGCGCUACGGCGAGCACUCGCCGAAGCAGGACGCCCGCGGGGAGGUGGUCAUGGCCAGCUCUGCCCACGACCGCCUGGCCUGCGACCCCAACACUAAGUUCGCCGCCCCGACCCACAGCAAGAACUGGAUAGCCCUCAUCCCCAAGGGGAACUGCACGUACAGGGAUAAGAUCCGGAACGCGUUCCUGCAGAACGCCUCUGCCGUGGUCAUCUUCAACGUGGGCUCCAACACCAACGAGACCAUCACCAUGCCCCACGCGGGUGUAGAAGACAUCGUGGCCAUAAUGAUUCCUGAGCCAAAAGGGAAGGAGAUAGUAAGCCUGCUGGAAAGAAACAUCACCGUGACGAUGUACAUCACCAUCGGAACCCGGAACUUGCAGAAAUAUGUGAGCCGUACUUCGGUUGUGUUUGUCUCCAUCUCCUUCAUUGUCCUGAUGAUCAUUUCCCUCGCAUGGCUCGUCUUUUAUUACAUCCAGAGGUUUCGAUAUGCAAAUGCCAGGGAUAGGAACCAGCGCCGACUGGGGGAUGCAGCAAAGAAAGCCAUCAGCAAACUCCAGAUCAGGACCAUCAAGAAGGGUGACAAGGAAACAGAGUCCGAUUUUGACAACUGUGCAGUUUGUAUUGAAGGGUACAAGCCCAAUGACGUUGUCCGGAUCCUGCCCUGCCGGCAUCUUUUCCACAAGUCCUGUGUUGACCCCUGGCUUCUAGACCAUCGUACCUGUCCCAUGUGCAAGAUGAACAUUCUUAAAGCCCUAGGGAUCCCGCCCAAUGCCGACUGCAUGGAUGACUUGCCCACUGACUUCGAGGGCUCUCUGGGAGGUCCACCCACCAACCAGAUCACAGGCGCGAGCGACACAACAGUGAAUGAAAGUUCAGUCACUUUGGACCCUGCUGUCCGGACUGUGGGAGCCUUGCAGGUGGUCCAGGAUACAGACCCCACCCCCCAGGAGGGAGAAGUCAUCUUUACUACUAACAGUGAGCAGGAGCCAGCUGUAAGCAGUGAUUCUGACAUUUCCUUGAUCAUGGCAAUGGAAGUUGGACUGUCUGAUGUAGAACUUUCCACUGACCAGGACUGUGAAGAGGUGAAAUCUUGAAAUGACAAAUCCAGAAGAAAAGAGAUAGUAGGACCCAAGGGGAAGGAAGGGAGGAGUGCUCCAAGACUUGGACCAAGCACACACACACCUCCAGAUCACCUUGGCAACUCCAGGGCGCUCCGUUCAAGAAUGCUGACGAAAAGCAAUAUCCAAAGUCUUGUCAAUCAGGAUGCAGUUUCUCCAUCUGUAUGGCAGUCUGUGGCCUUGGCAGCUGGGAAGUUGAAAGCUGAUUUCCACUCCCAUGUCCAUUAGACAUACAUUUCAGAAGCUCCUAAAACAGAGACUGAAAGGCCACCUUUAGGAUUUCUUAGUUUCAUUUCAAUUCUUUCCGUGUCUUAUUGUUCUUGUUUUUGGCAUGUUGUUUGAUUUCUUUGGCAAUUUUUUUAAAGAUUAUUGUACUUUACUUUCCAUCUAUUCCUUUGUUUUUCCUUUGAUGCACUCCAGCUUUUGUAUAGGUUCCUGUUUAGAAGCACCAGUUCUUGCUAUGAUCAGUUUGUAUUCCAUCUCUGAGAUACGUGGUCUUGACUUCUCAGCAUGAAGUGUGCAUGGCUUUGAGAAGUGCCUCAGCACCCUGAAAUGGACUAAGGCCAGCUUUCAUUAAGAAUCUAAGUUCUUCUAAGUGGGCCUUUAAAAACCCCAGCUGCCAGAGACCCCAACACUAAGCUCUAAAUCUGCUGAGGCCACUGCUGGUUAUUUUAAGCCACAUCACACUGGCUUCCACUUGCCGGGCUUGAUUAAGGGCCCAUGUGACAUGAGAAGGGAGCUCUAGGGAAGCCGUUGCAUUCUUCUGGGUCUUACAGUCUUUGGCUGAAAUUCUGAACUCAGAAGUCCCCUCCAAGGCAUCCAGUCUUUGGUGAUUGUAAGGCUGGUUUUAAAACCGGAUACCACGUUUCCUUCCCAUUGAAAACAAAAUGCCAGUUGCAUUGGUUUCCCCUGGGCUAGAACAGCUUUUUUCUUACCUCUGUAAGUGGGUUCUGUAAAAAAUGGAGUCUUUAGAGAAAAGCCAAUCAUUUUUAAGUCCAAUAGCAAACACAGUGGGGGCUGCAGUAGCACCUAGCUUUUACCUUAAUUUCAACACACUUCUGUUGAAUCUCACAAGACCAUGUGGGAGGAUUUAGGUGAAUCCCUAGCAGAUUGCUUCCCAGGGCUCCCUGAGUAUGUCCAGAUACCAAGUGAGGAAUGAGGUGUGAUUUGCUGUAUCAUUUGAACCAAAAAGUGUGCAGCAUAAGAAUUUGCUAGAUCAAGUUUAUCCUGACUGCAAUAGACAAAGAGGGAAAGGAAAAGAGGUAUCAAGUAAAUACUGAAACACAAUGGUGUUUUUAAACUGUUUCUGUUUUUAUUCAUUUUUUGUAACUAUGACAGAAAUGUGCUAUUUUUUCAGCGGGCAAUUUUGUAAUAUAUUCAGACUAUCUAGAUACAGAGAUGACUAAGGUCAUUGACAACGUCUCUGAACAAUCAGAUGGAUCACCUUUUCUCUACGCAGCUGGCAAACACCAGGCUGCGGCUUGGAUUAACUAGGAAAGAAAGCUUUUCUCACUGAGUUGUUUUUAUGUAUUGAUGGGGACUUUUCCACCUCAUUAGACUAAUAUUCAUUCAAAAAGAGUUUGGUUCUGCUGUAAAUCCUUGCCGCCUGCUGAAACAUGGAGUGCAGGUCAAGGGAGAAUACUAGCUGCUCUUUUUUCACCACCUUUACCAAUUUCCUAUUUGAUGGUUUAUAAGUAGACAGUAAGGAAAGGCAGAUGAUUAUUACCCUCAGAAAGGUCUCAUCUCCCUAGGAGUCCAAUGCUUCCUGUAAUGAAAUACACUCUCUAUGUGUGGGAAAAGAGGCAGGAGGAAUGAAGAGAGCUCUGAAUUGAGAAUCCUAGAUGAACCACACGCUUUACUAAGCCUCGGCUUCUCCGUCUAUAAAGUGAAGGGUUUAAUAACAUGAGUCCCCAAGCUCCUCUGGCUGUAGGACCACAGAUGAGCCUUUCAGAGGCAGGAUCAAUUUUUGCAGAUAGCUAUGACUUGUGGCAAUCAGGCUUCGUAGCUUGGGGAGGUAGAGUUACUUGACAUGUACCAUGUAAUAACAGCCUUUGAUACUUGGCACAACUAUGGUGCUGAGAAUAAAAAUCUAAAUGAUUGAAGUUUUAAGUCCAAGUAGGAGUUGGUUUGUUUUGCCUUGUUUAAAAAUUGCUGUUAGUCACGGAGUUUGCAAUCUCUGGAUACCUUCAAAUCCUCGCUCUCACUGUGGGAUUCUUGAUCUCAAAGGUGUUUAUUUUUCACAGUCAGCAUAGGCUUGUGCCACUGAAUCCUCCUUCAGUCGGCUUUGCCCAAAACAAAUUUUAGUAUUACUGGUAUUAACUUUAGUCCAGUGGAAUUAGAAGGAUAAUUCAAUAGCAAGAGAAAUAUAAAUUAUAUUCCAUUCCCAGGGAGAGAAUGCGCGUUGGAUUGUUUAGUCCUCUGAUUAACGAGUAUUUUCUCUUCCUGCCAAGAACUAGGUGAAUCAGGAAUGGAUUGCAUAUGCAAGCCCUGGCCACAGCUGCACUUACAGGAUGCCUCAUAGACGAUGAGAGGUCUGAAAGGCCAACCCGAGGCUUGCAGAUCUGACCCCAAGAAGGUCCUGCUGCAAACCCCCUGAGCUUUUGCCAUUCACUACUUACCAAAGGUUUGUUUCUGGAGGCUUUUCCUGUAGCUUUGAUAGUUUAAGAAAAAAAAAGAAAAAGAAAAAAAAAUGCUUAACCAGAAAGUUUCUCUUUCAGAAGAAAGGGGAACAGCCCUUCCUUAUAGCCUUCUUUACCUCCCACAAAGAGACUGACCUGGAGACCCAGUAGUCUACAGAUGAGUGUCAGAGGGUGUGUGUACCCUCUAGAAGCAAAUGCAAACUGUAUGUGUAUUUGCAGAUGUGCAUUUUUCUAUAGCAAGAGUCUAGGCUAGCACUGUCCAACAGAAACGUAAUGCAAGUCAGACAUAAUUUUGAAUUUUCUACUAGCCACAUUUUAAAGUGUAAAAAGAAACAGGUAAAGAUAAUUUUAAUCAUGUACUUUAACCUAAUAUUGUUUCAACAUGUCACUAAUGUAAAUUAAUGACAUGUUUUACAUGCUUUUAUGUACUAAGUCUUCUAAAUCCAUUGUGUCUUUUACACUCACAGCACCUCUCAAUUUGGAUAGUCACAUGUGGCUAGUGGCUGCCAAUUGGACAAUGCAGGUCUAGAGUUCCUCCAGUAUUCUCACAAGAUCCCCUGACCCUUACAAAAGAAAAGAAGGUUAAUACCUUAAUUACCUCCAGGGAGAACUGGACACCACCCAAGUCGCCUAAUGAGAGGCCCAGAGGUCCAUUUAUUUUGUAGUGAAUAAAGAUUCAGGCAACCCUUUCUAAAAUUUCUGCUUGAACUUUCUAACCAUAUCACUGAUGUCCAUGACCAUUUGUUGUUACUCCUCUGACCAGUUGUUACUUAAAAGUCACACAAACCAUGCUGAUUUGGUGCUGAAACAAAAUUAUACCCCUCACUUCUAUGGCAAACCCUUGGACUGAUAUGUGGCACUUAGGAGCCAAAGAGAACUCCAGACUGAAAUCACCCAACUUUACCUCAACCCCUUCUUCUUCUUCUUCAUGGUUGGUGAAAGUCCUUUCCCAAUGUCCCCCAGUCCCACAGCUGUAGUGAAAACUCACGAACUUGGGAGGAAAGAAUGAGAAAUAUUGACUCCAAAUGCAAGACUUUAUGUGGCCUUAUUGAAAAAGAAUCUUUGGGGGCCUGUGAUCAUCCAGUCUCUACUUGAUGAAUUAUGACCACCUCCAAUAGCCAGCAUUUUACUCCAAGUCAGCAUCCACCUGCCACCCCAGUGCAAUGGGGAAGAAAAGGAGCAUUUGCAUUCACUCAGAAUAAUUUAGGGUCACCUUCAGGAACUGCUACCUCCUGUGUGGCUAGUCCCUUUGGAAGAGCUGAGCCCUGACUAUGAAUACAGCUUUUGAACAUUGACUUAAUCUCUAGGAUUAGAUAUCCCCUGGAGUGUCAACUCUGGUCAUCUACACAGGGAGAGGUAGAGUCUGGAGAAGGUAGAAAAUUAAAAGCGGCAAAGGUACCUACCCAUUUUUGACAUCACAUGGUAAUGAUCAGAAUCGUGGAGGCAAAGCUCUGUCCAAAAAUGUUCAUUUGUUUUUUUGUUUUGUUUUCUUGUUUUUAACAUUUCCUUCAUCCUGGUGAAAUAUCCUGGAAAUUCAUAGAUCUGGGUUUGGUCAUUUCAAAACUCACUAUGCCCAGUGGCCAUUUCAGUUACUGCCCUGACAUCCCUGAGGCUACCAUACUCUCAAAACCAAAUCAAUGCCAGUGAUCUAACAUAGGAUUCUUAUUUAUGAGUUUUGUUUAGAUGGAUAUUUUUGCAGAGCAUAAAAAAUUAAAAGACAUUUAGUUAUCCAUUUAAUGUAUCACCCUGACUUAAAAAAAAUCCUUGGAUCAAAACUUUUUCAAAAAAUCUGGGAUAUGGAGUCACUCCCUCUGUGGAGCCAGAGCCCAGUCUUUUCUGGUACUAAGGCCACAGAGGCAAUUUCCAGUAGCACUUUUAUAUCUUCUCUCACUUAGGUUUCUUUUCCUUUUCUGUCUAUAUCUGUUUUUCUCUGACUGCCUAUAUCUUACCUUGUAUACCCGUACAUAAAUUAUUUUCCCAUCUUCUCUCUCCCCCUUUUUUUCUAAUUUGUUUUCUCUCUUGCAAGAAACUCUGAAAUAACCUUCAGAACACAAAAAAAACUGGAGGUUCUAUACCUACAGAGUUAUUGUCAUUAUCAUGGUUACCAUUGUUACUGUUGUUGGUGUUUUUCUUCUUUAUACUGUGUAACAAUAUCCAUAUUCACUUCUGAUGAAGCAAACCAGUUUACUAUAAACCAAUGCCCUCCCUAAAAGAGUCAGUUUCAUUUUCACUUCUCAUAUCACCAGUUGUAUCGCAACCCAUCUUACAACCAUUGCCAUGUUUUCAGGCUUCCUUGCCAUAAAUGUUUUCUGGGCAAAUAAUGGCAAAGCAACAAUUCCAGAAUGCUGUCUAGAUCUGCUUUCUCCCACCCUCAGCAUUUGACCCUCCUCAUUCGCCUGAGCCCCCAGGGUUAGAAUUUCUUGGAAAAACUUGUAUACUGUACCUGAUGGAAUGCCCAUUCUUCCUAACUUCUUAGCACAAGCGCUUGCUCAUCUUAAGUGACCUGAGGGCCACUAAUUCCUGAAGACUGACAGACACGAAGAGACUACCCUCUAAGGUGGGGAUGCAUGGUUCUUCAUGCAGUGCUCUUGGCCACCGAGAUCCCUCAUCCAUGCCAUUGCAUGGAUGAAUACGUUUGAUGUUGGCAGUUAAAAUGGGAUGGGAGUGUCACCCUGCAGGAAGUAAGAAAAGAGAAUGGCAGGAUCUCUGAUCAGGGAGCUGGUCAAGGCAGGGCUGGAAAGCUUCUGUGCUUAACAAAAUGUGCAUACUGUCCCCAAGUAAAUACUCAUCCCUAGGUUUAGAGCUGACCUGGGUUUUGGGGAGUUUGUAUUUUUAAGGAAUUAAAUACUCAUGAGUUAAAAUAGUCAUGAUUGCAAAGAAGGUCUGGAUUGCCUGAAAAAUAAAUUAAUUCUAAGAAGCUAAUAUGAGUUUCUCAUCAUCCCUUAGCUCUUCCUUUUCCCUCCUUUUGUCCUCACUCAACCCCAGACCCUGUGUAAUAGGAACAUUAAUUUUUAAAGACCCACAGAUCAAUAGCCACACUCUUCCACUCUACACCUUUUAUUGACACUAAAUUAUCAUCCGAGAACUCACGAAGCAAGUCAAGAUGCUAGACGUGGCCCCUUAAUACUGAGCAAUUUGAUUGCAAUCCUGCUUGUUCUACAAGAACCUGCUGAGGUCAAUCACAUCUCUCUUCACCUGCCUUGAGUGCUUCAUAAUCAAGUGGCUUUUUCAGGAAUUUCAGUGAUCAAAGAUCUUCUAAUCCUGUGCUACCACUGACGUUUGCACUUAAUACAGAGCCAUUUGCUCUAUGGCCACCUGAUAAAUAUUUGCCGAUGAUAAUGAUAAGACAAAAAUAUACACAUCUAUUAAGAGGUCUGCAAUGUCUGAACACAGUGAGGGAGAAAAAUCCUUAGAGAAGGUCGCUUAAUCUGAAUUACCCAAAGUCAUUGCUUGGCAGAAUAUCUGUGGUCUGUUAUCCUUAGUGAAGUGACAGGCUUGGAGAAGCAGGGAAAAUGUGGGGACCAUGUGUGCUAUAUAAACCAAAGACUGAUCACCAUCCAAAUGAACACAUGUUUCUUCCAUUGACUAGUUGAAUUUUCUCCUAAUGUUCUCAUAAAUAAAAGUGCAGGUGGGUUGCAUGGUUGAAUGAAACCAUUAAACCUUAUGGGGUUUUCUCUUGCAGACUGUUGAUUGACCUUACUAAAUCCUGAAAUCGAAAAAAUGAAUUGUGGCCUUAGUACCACACCAUCUUUAAAGUCUACUGUUUAGUCCCCUUUUCCUUCAAAACUUUCUGACAAAUCUAGCGCUUUACUGAACUCAGAACAUUGUUCUCUUUGAGAAUGUGAAGAUUUUAAAUAGCCAAAGAAUUUUCAUGUAUAAGAGCUAGCUAAAUAUAGUACAUCCUGCUCUUUCAAAGAAGAUACCAAACUGUUGCCUGUACUAAUGGGUAUAGUAGAGCAGUUGAAGAACUAACACAUACACGGACUUUUCAGUCUGAAUUUGUGUUGGCAUCUAUGGUACUUACUGUUCAGUAGGAUGUUAUUGCAAGGGGCCGAGUGCCCUCUGCUGGAGCAAUCGCAAGUAUUCUUUCAGCAAAUUAAUUUGACUUGGGUCACGAAUUCAACAACCAGUUACUUGCCUUUCAUCAUACAAUUUCUUCGGUAGUUGAGAAUUUGGUCUACGUUUAUCAAAUGAGGAAAGAAUGUCACAAACUCUAAAAAGUUGAAGGAAACCCCACAGAUCUUCUCACUGUCGGCAGCCCUUACUUCUGCAAAAUGUUGAAGAAUAAUGUUGCCCUGUUUGCAAAGAAGAUGCCUCUGGCUAGAAUGUUCGUGCAGUUAUAAGCAAGGGACUGCUUGUUUUUGUAAGUUAUUUCAACUUUAUUCUUGUGAAAUUGCAAAGGAAGAUCAAUAAAAGGACUUCUUUCAUAUGAAUGUAAAUGGUGUGAAAUACUGAUGUGUUUUGUACAUGUACAUAAUAUAUUUACUUCCUGCUUUCACAUUAGUAAUCUGAGAUGGUUCUACCAUUUUAUAAUUAGAAGGAGAUGUAGGGGUGGGAGUGGGGAGGGACUGUUAUUUUUAUAGAGGGGUGUCCCUUACAUUUAGAAAAUGAAGUAAUUUUGUAUGUGUGAAAAGUUACAUUCCAUCCAUUUUCUGGAAAAAAAAUGGUAUUGUUCUUUAAAAUGUUCAUGAGCUGGGAGGAUGAUUAUUCUGGUUUCCAGGGGAAACUCUCAAGCAGUACAUAUGUGAUACCCAGUUUUGUAGACUGCAGACCAUAACCAGCAAUUACCAGUUAUAAAAAUGUGAAAAAGAAAUAACUUAUUUUAACUACUUUGUACAGCACAUUAUUUCCCACUAGAAAAAAAUCUGCAAAUAAUGAAUUUACAAUUAUAAAUAAUCAGACAUGACAUCAUAAAUCAAUCUUCCUCCCUACUAGCAAGAGGAAAUUCCAAUGGCUUUUUUUCUAUCCUAACACAAAUUACUUUUAUUGUAAACAAAUGCUUCCAACAAAAUGCUUUUGUUGUAAAAUGAUUGAUGUUGGGGUAAAGUCUACUUAGCUUCCCCACAAGGUCUUUCUGGCUAGUCUGCAGGUCGUAGAUGAUGGUCCCAUCUUGGCAUUGUCUGUCCUCUCCAUAUUCAGACUGUGUGACUGAGCUUCCUUGAUUUAUAUAGCAUCUGACCCAAAAUCACAAAAAAGUCACUCCUGAUGACAUUUGCAUGGGGAGUCUUUAAUUUGGACUUCAGUUAGUUCUUAAUUGCCGAAAUAAGUCCUAGUGAAUUAUGUAGUGUUUUUACCCAAAACUAAUCUUCUGUACAAAGUUGUAUGCGUAUUGAGAUGAUUAGUUAAGGCAGUGUAGUUUAAUUUUUUCUGUAUAAAUUUCUUUCCUUCUUCCCCACCUCAGGCACCUACCCUACUCCUUUCAAAGCACUUUAUAUCCCUCUUGAAAUACAAAGAAAUUGAAAAAAAAAAAAGUAACUGUCUUUAAAUGAAUUUGUCUUCUAUUAGGAGACACAGACUUUUAUUUUGCUUUAUUCUCUUUGUACUUGGAGAGCAUAAUCAACUUGUCUCAUAAUGGGCUAGUGAUGAAACAAGGAUGAUAGUUGCAAACAAUCAUUACAACAUGGUUAUUUUUGUUAUAUAGAAGACUAUCAUGUAAAUAAGUGCAAUCGUGUUCUUACGUACUGGCUAAAAAAAAAAAA